AUGCACAGACGCAGUGAUCGUUUGUUUCCUAUUCAUCCCCAUAAUUUGAAUAAAGUUAUACAAGAUGAAUGGAAUACUAUUAUACAAUGGUUAUGUGAUGUUUUAUCGUCUGGUGAUAUCAUGUGUGAAAUUAAUCCAGUAUUUACUACUAUUCAAAGAUUUAUCAAUAUAUUUGGAAUGCGUUUAUCCAAAACACAACGCAUUGCUUUAAUUCGUCUAACUGUAGCUUAUAUAUGUUGUCCAAAUAUUGAUACGCAGGUUAUAUUCAAUGCGUUAGAGCUUUUAAACAAGUUGAUGAGCUAUGACAGCCUUAUGCUUUCAUUCGAAAAAGAACGUGAAUUACCAUUAAUAAAAGUAGGUCGUCAUAUUAAUCGUAAACGACGUCAGUCAUGA